UGCGCAUGCGCGUCAUUAGGAACGCGCAGUAACUUACCUUUCACUCUUCACCUUUCUCUUCUUACUUUGGAGAAACCGCACGAGCUCCACGGGAAUAGCAGAAAUAAAGCUUUAAAAUGGCGUGUGGCGGAUUUGUUUGCUCGAAAUUCACUCUUUGCGCGUUGAACAUUCUUUAUGUGGUGGUGAGUUUGAUGUUAAUAGCAGGGGCAGCCUGGGGAAAAUGGGUCGACCUGGUGUCCAGCUUCCGUGUGGUCGCUGCCAUCAUCGCAGUGGGUGUCUUUCUCUUCCUCGUAGCAAUGAUGGGUCUGUGUGGAGCCAUGAAGCAUCACCAAGUCCUCUUGUUCUUUUACAUGUUCAUUCUUCUCCUGCUGUUCAUUGUGCAGUUCUCAGUGUCAUGUGCGAGCCUGGCUAUCAAUAAUGAACAACAGAAAUCACUCCUGGAGAUCGGCUGGAAUAAGUCUGAGACGUUGCGGAGCAAACUGCAGACAUCACUGGACUGUUGUAAUUUUGCUGAAGUUAACUACAACACAUCAUGUGAAGCUCAAUGUCACAGUGCUCACAAUUGUGAGUCAUGUUCAGUAAAAAUUCUGGCGUAUGCUGAUGAUGUGCUGCACUUCGUGGGAGGAACGGGUUUGUUCUUUAGUUUCACAGAGAUUCUGGGUGUUUGGCUAACAUACAGAUACAGGAAUCUAAAAGACCCUCGUUUAAAUCCUCGUGCUUUCCUUUAACCCUCUGUGUUGCAAAAUCGCAUCAAACCACUUCCGGCCUGAAUAAGUUGCCGUAUGUAUCCUGCCAAUAAUGCCAGUUGAUGUGUAUAUACCUGUAAAUAAAUUUAGGCAACAAGGGUUCUUCUUUUCAGUUCAUACACCACGGUUAACAUAAUCACAGAGCACUGAAUAAUAUCUUAAAAUAGUCAUAUCAAUAUGGAAUCUGGUUUCGAUUAUUUGGCUAGAAACAUUUACAAAAGUAAGGACACAUUUGGGGAAACGUGUGUUAGUACAAAUUAAGCAAAUAAUGUUAGACACACUGUACAAAGCUGAUGAGACACUAGGCGUAAGAAAGGAGGUGUUAAACUGGACCGACUUGAUAAACCAGUGAAACACUAACUGAUAAUAAACACUAGUAAUAAGGUGUAGUAAUAAAAGACCCGACUUGUCUUUACGAAGCCUAAAGCAUUUUAUCUUUUGUGAUAAAUGAAAGAUGAAACUGCUCAUUAGCUUUACUGAAUGUUCACUGGGCUGAAUUAGCACAGGUAUUCGACCUCAGCCCAAAGACACACCGUCAGUGGCCCACGUGGUUGCACUCUGAACAGGACGUGAGCAGGAACUGCUACGUCAUUUAUUUAGACAUGGCUGAGAACUUACUCAACCAAGAUAAAGACAGAAGAUUGCUGAACCUGUCAGUGCUCUGAAUGAAGUAAUGUUUAUUAUCAUCAUGAAGGAGGAAAUGUUUUGUUGUAGGCAGAGCUAAAGGAAUGUCUGAUAGGCUGUGGGGGAAUAAAACUCACAUGAUUAAUUAUAGUCGUGACGCACGAAUGUCGUCACCACCGCUGUUUAAUAUACGUGAACUUUCUGUAGCAGGUUGCUUUUAAAAUGUGUGUAAUAGUCAUUAUGGGAAGACUUCGUUGUUUACCUGUACAGUAUUAUACUGAAUAUAGUGGACAUAGAAACCAAAGAAUAAACCAAAUUUAUUCUUCAGUUA